UUUCACCGACAGGACACAAGUAAAUUACAAUCCGAUUGAUGUGGAAUUCAAAAGGGGAAGUCUCCUGACCUAUUUACUGUUUAUUUGUCCUUUUUGUUAAGAGUCAGUUUUUCUCGAUCACUUGACAAGAGGAGUGACAGAACUGCAUUGAUUAUAUAAUCAGUUUCCUUUUAAAAGCGCUACUGCAGUUUAGUAGUGUCUGUAUUGAUUGGGAAGUCUGCAGACCCCACAGUUUUCGCUGCCCAGGUUUAGUUUUGUGCAUUGAGAUGCGUUUACAACAUGAGAUUCAACGAGAAGAAACCGGAUAGGAGAGCGGGGUUGGUGCUGAGCCAGGGCAGCCCGAAGGUGCCCGGUGACCGAGUGCCGAUCGCUUCACCUGACAGCAGCAGCGAGCGGACCCGGUGGAGACCCACGGCGGGUGUGAGCAACGGCAGGAGGGACCAUUUUGUAGAAGAGCUAAUGGAUGAAGAUGACAAAGACAAGGCAAAGAGGGCUUCACGUAACAAAUCUGAGAAAAAGAGACGUGAUCAGUUCAAUGUCCUUAUUAAAGAACUCAGUGCCAUGCUUCCAGGCAGCAUCCGUAAGCUGGAUAAGUCUACAGUGCUCCAGAAAACAAUAAACUUUUUACAAAAGCACAACGAGACUUCAGCACAGAGAGAAACCAGUAUCAUCCAGCAUAACUGGAAGCCUUCAUUUCUGAGCAAUGAGGAAUUCACACAACUGAUGUUAGAGGCAUUGGAUGGGUUCUUCAUAGCUCUAACAACAGAUGGAAAUAUAAUUUAUGUUUCUGAUAGUAUCACACCUCUACUUGGGCAUUUACCUUCUGAUAUUAUCGAUCAGAAUUUAUUAAACUUCCUCCCAGAGCAGGAGCACAGAGAAAUAUAUAAAUUGCUAUCCUCUCAUACUUUGACAACAGAUACUACUUUGCCAGACUACUUAAACUCUGAGAACUACUUUGAAUUUUCUUGCCAUCUGCUACGGGGAACAUUAGACCCAAAGGAAGCUCCUACAUAUGAAUACCUAAGAUUUGUGGGAAACUUUCAGUCUUAUGACAAUGUGCCUAGCUCCUCAUGUAAUGGUUUUGAUGGUGCUGUCCAAAGGACAUUUCAAACAACAGCAGCUAAACAGAUGUGUUUUGUAGCAACUGUCCGUUUAGCAACACCUCAGUUCAUAAAGGAGAUGUGCAUCAUUGAAGAAACUUCAGAAGAAUUUUCUUCUCGGCAUAGUUUAGAGUGGAAAUUUUUAUUUCUGGACCACAGGGCUGCUCCAAUCAUAGGUUAUUUGCCAUUUGAAGUCCUGGGUACCUCAGGUUAUGAUUAUUACCAUGCAGAUGAUCUGGAGCAGUUGGCAAGAUGCCACGAACAAUUGAUGCAAUUUGGCAAAGGAAAAUCUUGCUGCUAUCGAUUCUUAACAAAAGGGCAACAGUGGAUCUGGCUCCAAACCCAUUACUACAUUACCUAUCACCAGUGGAACUCCAAACCAGAGUUCAUUGUGUGCAAACACACAUUAGUGAGCUAUGCUGAGGUUCGAGCACAGCGCCGACAAGAUAUCAGUAUAGACGAUACCACUGCAGAGGUUGAUGCUUCUUCGUCACUUAAGGGACCUGACUCAAGACUUGACACACAGCAACAUCUUAAAGCAUUUGAAGUGCUCACUGGCAGCCCAUCACCUUCUUCUUCAUCUCAGACCUCACGCAAAUCAUCUCAUACCUCGAUGUCGGAAUCUGCAUCAACCCAGAGCAAGGUGCUGUCAGAGCCUACUGCAAUGGCGUUGCAGACAACACCAUCGGUGCAACAUGAUACAGGAAUACUGCAACAUCCAGCUGUCACAGAGCAGUCAUUGUUGUCCCAAGCUAAAGUAGAAUUGCAGCCUUCGUCAAUGACACAGUUCUUAGCACAGUUCGAUGUGAUUCAGUCUCUCAAAGACCAAUUAGAGCAACGGACGCGAAUUCUCCAAGCAAACAUAACGUGGCAGCAAGAAGAACUCCAAAAAAUCCAAGAACAAUUGUGCAUGGUGGAUAACUCAAGUUUGCAGUUAUUACUGCAACAACCAGCAUCGAUCAGUUCAUUGCGGAACCAAGAGUCGAAACAGCAAAAGCAGCAACAAAUGGAUGUGAUGAUGCAAGACCAGGGUCCUCACAGUAAACAGAUACAGGAUACUAAAAGAACACAUGGUGGACAGAUUGUACAGACAUCCCUAUCCAACCAGUUGUCUGGGAGCCUGGCGUUACACCUCAGCAGCCCCAUGAUGAUUUCUCAGGCUCCCACAAUGACAGUCCAGAGAGAAGGCACCACUGGUCAUUCAAGUCCUAACUUUACUCGAGAUGGGCACUUAAGAAUGCUACUUAGUCAACCUAUUCAACCAAUGAUGCCUAUUACACGCCAUACAAGACAACCCAUAGAGUUCAUUACAACUGAACAGCAAGCUAAAUACUCACAAGGACAAGAACUCUCUCAAAAUUUGGUAGAACAGCCAGUGAGAAAUAAUGUGCCGAUGGUCUCUAAUACAGUGCUUAUGGGUCAAAUAAUAACAGCUCCAGGAUUUUCUAUAUCACAUCCAUCUCUCUCUCAGCAAACUAUGCAACUUCAGCAGCAGCAGCAACAACAACACUACUUACAGACACAAACAUCUGGUUCACUGCAAAGUGGCCACUCAGAACUACUCCUACUCCCUUCUUAUUCUCAGCAACAGGAUGUUAUGGGAUACCAUUCACAACCUCAGCAAAGACCACAUGUUCAGCGCCUUUCUGAAUCAUCGAAUGUGUAACAUACUUACCAAAAAAAUUAUACUUCAAAACCCCGAAUAAAAGCAAUGCCCAUUCUUUUGGUUUAACAAACCUACAGCUAAGGUGCUGUAUUAUUACUGUCUUUAUGGUUAAGUACACUAAGUGUUUAAAUUUAAAGUUUCAGAACACAACAUGAGAUUCAUUAAAAUUUCUAUUUCUAGAAAAGGGAAAUGGAAUGACGUAUUUGAAAGAUUUGCUCAGUUUGGAAUUAUGGUCCACAAUGGUUGUUUUCACUCUCAGUUUUAGGGUUCAUUUGUUGAGUUCACCUCUCAGCUCAUUAGCAUGGUUGAAGCAAUAGUACAGUGGUUACAUUUUGCUCCAUAAUGGUGUUACUUUUAUAACUGCAGUUGGAAAUGACUUUGCUUCUCAGCAACACAUUUCAGAAAUCCUUGGGCUCUUCACUUGAUUCUUCAACCAGGGACAAUGUGUGCCAGGAUUUCCACUGUACAAUCUUAGAUGAAUUUCACAAUCAAAACUAUAAUAACUGGAGUUUUCCACAAAUAUACACAGAUAGAGGUAUUUAGCCAGUGAUUUCAAUAUGCCCUUUCUAAAUUUUGUUGAUGCAUUGCAAACCUGAGAAUCAAGUACUAGGAGAAAGAUAUACCCUUUGCACAAACUUGGCUUUUAUGUUUGUCAUGUAACCCUGUUUGUGUUAUGAAUUGAACAUAUCUUUUAAUAUUUCCUGUGGUAAAGUGUAAUAUUAGCUGAUUUAAGGACACUUACUUUGGCCAAAUCUCUCCAGCCCUGUGGGAUGUGUUCAUUUUAAUGUAACAAUUAUGAAUUGAAAUUCUGCAACACAGAACAUUUAAAAUGGUUUACUUUGUGCUGUAUAACUUUCAGAAACAUGCACUUUUUCUGAUUUGUAUGUUUUGUUAAAGCUGUAUUUGUUACAUAAAAUUCUCUAAGUAAAAUGUGGAAAAGAAUUGUCUACAUACAGAUAAUGUAAUAUAUGAGUUAUUUCUGUAUAAAUCAUUCUUUGGAACAAAAGUGGAUUUUAGUCUAAUUUUGUAUAAAAUGCAUAAAAUCAUUUCA